AUGACGCAAGUACCAGCAUUGUUGUUGUAAACGCGCACAGAAAGUUGCUUACUCUUUUUGUCUCCUCUGAAUCUCCGAAUUUCAUCGAGUCGACUCACGCGAGCAAAGACUGGAUGGAGCAGCCACCACGGCCAACACUGUUUGAUUUUCAUGGAGUCUCUAUGACCAAAUACUUCACUGAAAACUGGGACAACAUACAAAACUUUCAAGCAAGACCCAGUGAUAUCUUAAUAGCUACUUACCCUAAAGCAGGAACAACAUGGGUCUCUUACAUACUGGACCUUCUCUUUUUUGGGCAGUCAUGUCCAGAACGUCAGGAGACCGUUCCUAUACAAGAGCGGGUACCAUUUCUGGAGAUCUCUGUGCCCUCACUCUUUGCAGGUACAGACUUGGCUGAAAAGCUGCCCACCACUCCCCGUCUCAUUAAAUCUCAUCUACCAGUCCAGUUCAUACCCAAGUCCUUCUGGGAACAGAACUGCAGGAUUGUCUAUGUCGCUCGCAAUGCAAAGGACAGUGCUGUGUCCUAUUUUCACUUUGGUCGAAUGAACAAGAUCCAGCCAGAACCCGGGGACUGGAGCAGCUUUCUGCAGGAUUUUAUGGAGGGAAAAGUGGUGUUUGGAUCGUGGUAUGACCAUGUGAAAGGCUGGUGGGAGAAGAAACAGACUCACUCAGAGAUUCUCUACCUGUUCUAUGAAGACCUGAUUGAGGACUCUGGACGAGAGAUUGACCGAAUGUGUUCCUUCCUCGGUUUGUCUCUUUCACCUGAGGAGAAGCAGAGUGUGAUAACUCGAGCAGCGUUCGACAGUAUGAAAAAAAACAAAAUGACCAACUAUUCCUCUGUGCCAGUUUUGGAUCAUAAAGUGUCUCCUUUCAUGAGAAAAGGAAAAGUUGGUGACUGGAAGAACCAUUUCACUGUGGCCCAGGAUGAACGCUUCAACGAACUCUACAAGCAGAAAAUGAAAGAUUCUAUGCUGCAGUUUCGUACAGAAGUAUAGAGGGCCUUUCCAGGCCGUGCCAGAGAAAAUAUUAUAAAGCAUUAAUAGUUUAAUUACAGUGCUAUCACCAAUUAGAGUCAGAUAUCUUAACUGAUUAAAAACUAUUUCAAUUAAAGAAAUUCAAGUGCUUUAUAAAGUUGACUUCAAGAAAAACAUCAACUGAUAUUACAAAACGUGACAGUUUAAAUGUAAAAAAUCUUGAAUGCCAUUUAAAGAUGUUUUACAUGAUUAUGUCACUGACUAAGGGUGGUUUUAAUUGAAGAAUACUUACUGUGAUUACAUUUAUGAUUAUGACUGCAUUAUGUGAAAAAUCUUUUGGACAAAUUGUGGUCUAUGUUUAACAUUUUAAGGAUUCACCCUCAUGUUUUAGACAUUAAAUAAUGCAUACAAAUGAUUGACUUUUUGUGUUC